GGCUGCAAACCUGGAUGAAUUAGGGUGUUACAGUAAACCCUCCACCCCGCUCCGACCCGAACACACCCCGUACCCCCGUCAAUUGCACCCUACAAGUUAUUUUUGACUUUGGAGUCAAAAUUUGAUUUCAAUGUCAAAAUCAACUUGUAGGGUGCAAUUAACAGGUAGGAGGAGUAUUCGAGGGGUUGGGUGAGGGAGUUUAGUUGGAGGUAGGAACCCCACCCUAUCAUUGGGAAUACCACUGGUCCACCACUUGCCCAAAAGCCCCUGCAGACUAUUGAAAGUGGCCGUAGUAGCCCUCUCCGUGCCUCUAUGGAUAUCUCACCCAGCAUAUACUUUGUCUCCUCGGACAACUCACCCGAGUUAGCCAUUCUAACUCGGGCACUGUCCAGGUCUCCAGUCAUUGGUCUCGACGCCGAGUGGAAGCCUGUCCGGUCUCAGCAGUCCAACUUCCCGACGGUCUCCAUCCUCCAAAUCGCCUGCCAUGUCGACGACGACGACGGCGAUCGUCGUUCCUCGAACAAGUCGCCGUUGGUUUUUCUUCUCGACCUCUCAGCUAUCCUUCUUCCAUCAAUCUAUGAUCUUCUUAAGGACGCGUUUGUCUCUCCAAAUAUUCUGAAGUUAGGGUUUCGGUUCAAACAGGACCUGGUUUACUUGUCAUCCACCUUCUGCUCACAGGGCUGCGAUCCUGGUUUUGAUAGGGUGGAACCUUUUCUAGAUAUUACAACCAUAUAUAACCACCUGCAACAAAACCUACAAGGAAGAAGGUCGCCAAAGCAAUCUAAGAGUUUAGCAGCAAUCUGCCAGGAAGUGUUGGGCAUCUCUCUUUCAAAGGAACUCCAAUGCAGUGAUUGGUCACAACGCCCUCUAACAGAAGAACAAAAGACUUAUGCCGCAAUGGAUGCUCUCUGCUUGCUUCAAGUCUUUGAUGUACUCAAGGCUAGGGUGGCUAAUAUAGUAGGGAAUGCUGCAUGCAGUGUUGGAAAGCUCGAAUCAUCUUCUGACAAUCUUGGUCUCAAGCGGAUUCUUGCCAUGCCAAAUAUUUCUGAUAAUGUAUGUCAGACUAGCUUCAUUGAAGCUACAAAGAUGGUCCGAACAAUUGUGACUGAAUAUCCCCAAGGAAUAACAAUUUGUGAAGAAGCGACUUCCCUAUUUCAGUUUUUGAAAAAUAAGCAAAUGCAUGAUGCAGUCAUUUGGAUUGUCAGAAAGUAUGGUGAUAAACUUUUAGUAAGCGACAAUGACAGGAAACCUAAAAUGUCGAGGAGAGUGAAAAAGUCGCCUGGACGAUUAUUGGCAAAACCCAAAACAUUGGUUGACGAUGAAGAUUGGCAAGGUCCUCCUCCGUGGGAUGUGUCCUUGGGUGGUGACGGAUGCCCCAAGUUCUUAUGCGAUGUGAUGGUUGAGGGAUUGGCAAAGCAUUUGAGGUGUGUUGGAAUUGAUGCUGCUGUUCCGCCUAUGAGAAAGCCUGAAACAAGGAAUUUAAUAGAACAAGCAUCUAAGGAGAAACGGGUACUCCUAACACGAGAUGCCAAGUUGCUGAGACAUAGCUAUCUCAUAGAAAACCAAAUAUACAGGGUGAAGAGUCUUCUUAAGAAUGAACAACUUACUGAGGUUAUAGCAACAUUUAAAUUGGAAAUUUCUGAGGACCAGCUGAUGUCUAGGUGUACUAAAUGCAAUGGGAGGUUCAUCCAGAAAGCUCUGACAACCGAAGAGGCGGUGAAAGCUGCCCAGGGCUUUCAGGUAAUCCCAAACUGCUUAUUCGACAAGAAUUUGGAGUUCUGGCAGUGCAUUGUUUGCAAACAACUCUAUUGGGAGGGGGGGCAAUACCACAAUGCAGUACAAAAGUUCAUUGACAUUUGCAAGUUAAAGGAUUAAGCAAGUGAGGCGAAUUCACGAGUUAUCAGGACGACAGCCCGGCAUCCUUUCAAUACUUCGCCACGAGGCAUUGAGUUUGCUGUUUGGGGAGUUCUUAGUGUGUGCUGCCUGGUCAAGAUUCUUGUAAGAACCGAUCUCAUCUCCCCUUGUAUGUUAUUUUUAGGACCCUGAGUUAGGUGAAAAAAAAUAUUUUACUCAUCAGUAAAAGGUAAAUCUAACAUUGAUAGGUCUAAACGUACUAGUAGUUUUUCUUGGAAGGAAAACCUACUAGUUUAAGCGCAAAGGAAAAAUUUAAAAAUUUAUGCUUUGAAAGUUUAGGAUCUCCAAACGUUAUACGGAGUAUGUAGUUCAAAACACUACUAUGAUUUUGCCUGUUUUGGACUAUACAUUAAUGAAUUUGUUUUUGGAAU